AUGUCCGGCUCUCAGAACUACGCCACCCCAAAGAGGGUCAUACGAGCCCAAACUUGGGACGAGUCGGACGGCCACAGCCUCUCGUCUGUCGCCUCUCCAUCUACACCAACAACAAAGACCACCUCGCUCAGUGGUGGCGACCUCUUCCAGUCGAAAAAGCAAGAGAUCGAAGACGUGCGUGCGCAGCAGGAUGCACAGCAGACCUUCGCUCAGCAUCAGUCCGAGUUCGAAGAGUCGCGCGACUUGUUGCUUGGUGCCAUCGACCACACCAGCACCUUGCUUCACGACCUUCGCGACUUCAACAAGAACAAGCGCAUUAUCCACUAUGCCACUGCUGACGACGCACAGACCGCCGGUCCAUCUCAACACCGGCACUCGCAGUCCAACUCGCAAUCACAGAGCCUCGAGGAAGCCGUUGCCGACUUGAAUCAAUCCACAUCCGUCGACAGUGCCCCUCGUCCUAUGCCAAUGCGCUACAACACCACACAGGGCCGCGCCAGCUUGCCUAACACACCUGCCCGUCAGGUCAGCGCCUCCUACCACGACGAUGAGUCUGAAGAAUCCACCGACAUGUCAGUCCUCAAGCUCGACCUCCGUGUUGGAUCUGUCGCUGCAAACCCACAGGCGCUUGUGCGAUCGCUCGAGCGCUCAUCAGUCGCACAGCUUCUCGACGGCAGGAUGGAAAAGUCGGAACGUCAUCUCGAGAAUUUGAAGCAGCGUCUCUCCGACACGCAGUCCAAGGUGCUUGUCACUGGAGAUCUCAACGCCGGCAAGUCCACCUUUGUCAAUGCACUCCUUCGCCGUCCUCUCAUGCCUACCGACCAGCAGCCCUGCACCACCGUUUUCUGCGAGGUUCUCGACGCUUCCGAACUCAACCGCGACGUCGAAGAGGUUCACAUGCUCCAACCAGGUGUCAAGUACAACUCGCAGGAUGACUCGACCUUCACUCGCCACACACUAGAGGAGAUUGAGCAGAUCGUCGCUGAGGCCGAAGAGGUCUCGCCCGAAGAUGCACCCAUCCUCAAGUGCUACGCCAGUGAUACUCGCGCCACCCAGGACUCGCUGCUCAAGAACGGCAUUGUCGACAUUGCCCUCAUUGACGCUCCUGGUCUCAACCGUGAUAGUCUCAAAACUACCGCGCUCUUUGCUCGCCAGGAAGAGAUCGAUGUCGUCGUCUUUGUCGUCAGUGCUGAGAACCACUUCACCCUUUCCGCCAAGGAGUUUCUGUGGAACGCAUCGCACGACAAGGCAUUCGUUUUCAUUGUCGUCAACAAAUUCGAUUCGAUCAAGAAUAAGGACAAGUGUCGCAAGCUUGUCCUCGACCAGAUUCGCCAGCUCAGCCCUCGCACCUACGAGGAUGCUGCCAACCUCGUCCACUUUGUCGACUCGCAGGCUGUCUUUGGCGCAGAAGAGAACUUGCAGUUCGCCAGCGCACUCGACACACCCUCUGAGGAGUUCGGCCGCAAGGUGCAGGGUGGUCAGCUCGUUGAGAGCCGAUCUACCGAGAGCUUGCAAGCCUUCGCACGACUCGAGGCCGCGCUGCGCGACUUUGUUCUGCUCAAGCGUUCCAAGUCGAAGCUCUUGCCGUCCAAGACUUACAUGCUCCGCCUCUUGUCUGACAUCACUUUCCUCGGCAAGAUCAACACUCAGGUCGCACAGAUCGAGCUUGCCGAAGCGACCAAGGCGCUUGAAGUAGCACGACCCGAGUUAGCACGCUGCCAGGCGUCGCGGCAGAAGCUUGAGACCGUCGUUGAGGGCGAGGAGGACGAGGCAGUUACAGGAGUGAUGCAGGAAGCACAGCGCAAGUUGACAUGGGCAAUCGAGUUCAUCGGCAACGGUAAGCCCGCCGUUGACACUGUCGCCUUGCCAGCUUACCCUGGCUUGUUCAACAUCUGGGAGUAUGCGCAGGAGGUCCGUCACGCGCUCACAUCUUCACUCGAGCUUGCCUUGCGAUCGGUUGAGGAGACAGCACGAGGCACCGCCUCGCAGGCCGUCGACCGAGUGCAGAAGCUCGGCUUGGCGCAUCUUCCGGACAACGAAGCGGAGAAGCGUCAGAGGAUCUUCAACCCGGAUGUCAUGUUUGCAAAGCGUCGUGCGAUGCCCGGCCUCAUUGGUCUGGGACUCAGUGCCGAGGUUGUCGAGGUGCAGGUGUCGGACUUCUUUGACGCUUACCACCACUUCACCAUCGUCACUGGUGGCAGCUUGUCGCAGGACAAGUCGGUGAAGAAGAAGGAUGACAACGGUGACGAUUUGAGCAUGCUUUCGUCGUUGACGCUCGGCCUGGGUGCGUUGACGUUCAUGGGUGGAAAGGCGUUAGGAGCGAAGACGGCGGUGGAUGCGUUUGUUCGCAUCUCGGAUCUGGUUGGCAACCCAACAGCACGCAAGUGGGCUGGACCAGUGUUCGCUGUUGUUUCGACAGGUUUGGUUGUUUACUUGAUCUAUGACUUGCCGAACAGUGUGCCUCGUAACAUCGGACGCAGCAUCAAGUCUGGGUUGCAGUCUGGACAACUGCUUCGUUCCAACGACACCGGCAGAAGCGACGCUGUCACUACACUUGUCUCGUCGUCAUCGGCGCGAUCGUUGGCAGAGGGCGAAGAGCCGUCGUUCGCCGCAGUGCACUCUACACGAGUCGGCCGCGAGACUCGCAAGGUGUUACGUUUGGCAUCAUGGGAUCUGCAAGAGCGCUUCCGUGUAGCUAUCGCCCAGCGCCGUGCCGAGGUGGAGAAGCAGAAGGCCAAGCAAGCAUCCGCCAACUUGGCGAUUGACUGGUUCGACAAGACCACAUCUCGUGUCACUGAGAUCAAGGCUUCUGUUGACGAGGUCAAGGGUCUUGAGGCCUGA